CAGGAGAUGACCAGAGACUGCAGACACAGUACAGGAGAUGACCAGAGACUGCAGACACAGUACAGGAGAUGACCAGAGACUGCAGACACAGUACAGGAGAUGACCAGAGACUGCGGACACAGUACAGGAGAUGACCAGAGACUGCGGACACAGUACAGGAGAUGACCAGAGACUGCGGACACAGUACAGGGGAUGGCCAGAGACUGCAGACACAGUACAGGGGAUGGCCAGAGACUGCAGACACAGUACAGGGGAUGGCCAGAGACUGCAGACACAGUACAGGGGAUGGCCAGAGACUGCGACACAGUACAGGGGAUGGCCAGAGACUGCAGACACAGUACAGGGGAUGACCAGAGACUGCGGACAGUACAGGAGAUGACCAGAGACUGCGGACACAGUACAGGAGAUUGACCAGAGACUGCAGACAUAGUACAUUGGAUGACCAGAGACUGCGGACACAGUACAGGAGAUGACCAGAGACUGCAGACAUAGUACAGGAGAUGGCCAGAGACUGCGGACACAGUACAGGAGAUGACCAGAGACUGUGCAGACACAGUACAGGAGAUGACCAGAGACUGCAGACACAGUACAGGAGAUGUCCAGAGAUGUCAG